GUUUUGUUUUUGCUCCGUUUGGAUUCAUUUCUCUCGCCGGUACGCGGACCAGUGUACUUAAACUCGCUAAAAUAAGACAUUAAAACACACAAAAAGGACACCGUAACUGUCUGGACGCGCCUUGUCUGGAAUUCAGGACCUUAUUUGGCUGUUUUUCCUCUCUCCUUCCCUGCAGCGCACUGUCGGUUCGCCUGCGGUCCUCCAGAGAGCUGCAGCCGAUCCCGGGCCUCCGAUCCAGGGCGGAGGGAGGGGAGGAGGUCGCUGGGCUGGAUGGAGGGGGAAGACGCGGCUGGUGGGGCUCGCAGGCCCGGGCUGGGCUGCGCCUCCUUCAACCAGGACUCCACGUCAUUGGCUGUGGGCACUAAAACUGGAUACAGGCUGUUCUCGGUGACCACAGUGGACCGAUUAGAGUGCAUUCAUGAGAGUGAAAGUCCGGACGUGUACAUCGUGGAGCGUCUGUUCUCCAGCAGUCUGGUGGUGGUGGUCAGCCAGGCCAUGCCGCGCCGCAUGAACGUCUACCACUUUAAGAAAGGCACCGAAAUCUGCAACUACAGCUACUCCAACACCAUCCUCGCCGUACGCCUCAACCGACAGAGGCUGAUUGUUUGUCUGGAAGAAUCCGUCUACAUCCACAAUAUAAAAGAUAUGAAGCUCCUAAAGACUCUUCUGAACACACCACCAAACCCCUCAGGUCUCUGUGCUCUCUCUAUAAACCAUUCCAACUCCUACCUGGCAUAUCCUGGCAGCGCCACCAUCGGAGAAAUCAUCAUCUAUGACGCCAACAAUCUGAACACCGUCACCAUGAUCCCCGCUCAUGACAGCCCGCUUGCCGCCAUCACCUUUAACGCCUCAGGAACCAAACUCGCCAGCGCCUCCGAGAGGGGCACUGUAAUUCGAGUGUUCUCCAUUCCAGAAGGUCUUCGCCUGUUCGAGUUUCGCCGAGGAAUGAAGAGGUAUGUGAACAUUAGCUCUCUGUCCUUCAGCCCAGAUGCUCAGUUCCUCUGCGCCUCCAGCAACACGGAAACCGUGCACAUUUUCAAAUUAGAGCAGCACGGCCCAAGUGGUGAGGAGGAGACCCCGACUUGGUCAGCGUACAUGGGGAAGAUGUUUACAGCAGCCAGCAGCUACCUCCCAGCGCAGGUUUCUGGAAUGAUGAGUCAAGACCGAGCAUUCGCCACCGUCCGUCUGCACACGGCCGGCCAGAAAAAUGUUUGCACACUUGCAACAAUCCAGAAGCUUCCACGGCUGCUUGUGGCCUCAUCCAACGGGCAGCUCUUUAUCUACAACAUUGACCCUCAGGAUGGGGGUGAAUGCACACUGGUACAGACGCACAGGUUGUUUGGCUCAGACGAAGACCGAGAUGAAGCUGGUGUCUCUGCUGCUCCACAGUCCUAUGCUGCCACCGCUGCCACCGUUCCCACGUCUGGACCCGUAUCUGCCACUCUAACAGGUUACUCUGAGGACGGCGGGGUGAGUAAGGGGGAGGUGAUUCCCGAACACGAGUUUGCAGCUGGACCUGUGUGUCUGGACGACGAGACGGAGUUUCCUCCAAUAAAUCGGUGUCGUGACGGAUCUCGGCGGGACAAAAGCAGACGUCCGUGAGGGGGCGGAGUCUACAGCCUCAGCGGGACGAUCCUCUCUGCAUGGCCAGGACUAAUUAACUCAUUUCAGGGUGCUAACGUCUUUAAACGAAGUCUUUGAACGGGUCAGGGCUUUCUGGGCCGUUGUUGCUCCAGACCCUGAGGGGUGUGUUAUACGAAAAAACCUGCAGGUGCAUGACUGAAACUGAAACAUAGCCACAUUUCUAAUAGCUACGUACAUGACCAAUAUUUUAUUAAGAUGUAAUACUGUAGCAUCUUUAUUAUUGUUAUUUUAUUACUUUUAUCUUUAACAUCCUCAUAUCCAAAAAAAACCCAUAAAAUAAAACAAAUGAAUUACCUUUUUUAAUAUGUGUAUUUGCUGUAUUAAUACCUAAUACAUGUUUACAUGUGGUCAUCCUGAACACUAAUGUGCCAGGAUGGUUUGUAUGUAUGUGCCUAUGAUUUUAUUUGUAAGAGUGCAGAGUAUUUUACUGGAUUGCUGGAAGACCAAAUAAAAAAAAUUUAGAAAAUAGGAAUGAAAUUAUGCAAAGCA